GAACCAUGGGUAUUAAAAGGGGUGUAACUAGGUAAGCGCCGCCUGAUCCGGUGUAUUUCUUCGGACGUUCCUCACACACGUUGCUGCCGUAUUACUGCUUUCUGCAGCGCGAUUCGAUUUUCCUCCGUGAAGCUUCCGGGCAGAGGGGACCCCGCUAGGAUCUGAGCCGGCGCAGACAUGACCGAACCAGAGGUUAAUCCUAAAGCCUACCCCCUGGCAGAUGCCCAGCUUACCAAGACCCUCCUGGACCUCGUGCAGCAAGGCUCCAAUUACAAGCAACUCCGUAAAGGGGCUAAUGAAGCUACAAAAACCCUUAACAGAGGAAUUGCAGAGUUCAUUGUAAUGGCAGCUGAUGCUGAACCAUUGGAGAUCAUUCUUCACCUUCCUCUUCUGUGUGAAGAUAAGAAUGUCCCUUAUGUCUUUGUGCGUUCUAAGCAAGCUUUGGGAAGAGCCUGCGGAGUCUCAAGACCGGUCAUUGCUUGUGCAGUCACCAUCAAAGAAGGUUCCCAACUGAAGCCUCAGAUCCAGUCUGUUCAGCAAGCCAUUGAGAGACUAUUGGUAUAAUUGUGUCUUGAAGUUAUGGCAGAAGCCUUAGCUUUCAUUUGCUAUGAAACAAGGGUAGAAAAUCUGUCCUGAAAAUCUUUAGUCUGUAUAAUUCCAAGUGGAGUCUCUUGCCAAGUUCUCCUUAAACAUCCCUCUUCUGGUCUUCUCAGCUAUUCAGUUGUAAGAUUAUUAUUUUUUAACCUGACAGAUAAUUCAGUGAUAUUGCAAACUUACUUUUCAUUGUUAUGUUGUACAAUAUGUAUUUUUAAUUAAAAAAAAAAACAAAUGUGAGAA